CCUGCCCCUUCCUCCCGUCCUUCCGUCCUCUUGAACCUGGAUCUUGGCUUUAUUCUUAUCCUUUUCGUCAUUCCUCUUGAACGACUCUUGUGCUUUCUUCCGUAAUACGACAUAACGACGACGACGGUUGUGUUCCCACUGGUGCUCGGAUAGUGUGUACUCGACUUACAUCCCACCUCCACGGAUAACCUGGACCCCUUCCUCAAAUCACCGCCGAUCAUCCAACCAACCGGUACCCUCUCACCUACUCAGUACACCGGUUUAACUUUUUAUUACCGGCUCGUGGGAAACAGUCACAGCUUAGAAUAGGGGAUCGAAAGAGAAAGACAAAAGUUCCAGCAAAAGACAUCUAGUGUCUUGUUCUUAUUUGGAAAAAAGUAAUCCAGGAUAUCCAUCCCCCCCUACUGGGUAGUUGAAUAUGUACAUUCAAAAAAAUAUGGCUCGUCCCAGCAUCAUCGUCUCCAUGCUCGUCCUCUCGCUCUCCGGAACCGCGUUCGGCAGAGCGAGCUUCUUCGGCAAACAGCAACAACACGACGCAAUGACGGAUUGCGCGCGCGUCAAUGCCCCGACCUCCUUGACCUGGCUCUUGCAAGAUCAACCCUUCGAACAGGAGGAUCCGUCCGCCUUUUUCUACGUCAACCAAGAUAUUGACGCGUCAGGAAAUAAGGCGAACAGAGUCGCGCAACUCGUCACGUUUGGCGGCGUCCAGGGGCAACAGGAAUCGACCGAGUGCCGCCUCCUCUUCACCAUGCCCGAGGACUCGGAAAGCUGGGAGCUGAUCCAGCGCGAGGGCGCCACCACGAUGCGCGUCUUCCGCGUCCCCAGCUACGAAGGGGACGAUUCCGUACGACAGAAGCAGAAUCUUCUGAGCACCGUCCUGGUCAAGCCUGGAACGCAGUCUAUCGACCUCGGCCAGUGCGACGGCAGCGGUAGCUUCGUUUUUGAGCUUGCCGACGCGGGACGCAGUCGCGUCGCCUUCCGCCAGGCAUCGAAGCCGAAAGACGGUUUCGGUGUCUUCAUGGCUCAUGGAUGCCCGGUCCCUAGAAGGACCGAGUCCGAGGACCUGUGAAGAGGAAGAGGUUAUUUCGAAUGACGAGUUGAAGAAUUAGAAUUUUGGUGUGUGUCUUUAUAAGUUUGGUUUUCCGCCGAACUAGACGGGGCACCCUCCACCCGUGGAGGUUGGCGAUGUUCACAGUCCAUUUAAAACACCUGCGCGGUGUAAGGUAUCCGCUCUCGGCGGAAAGGUGGUUGUGGUAUCCGCAUAUCGCGACGGGAAUGGCCACGGCUUGGUUCUGGGGCGACCUCCAUUACCAACGGCACAAGCAGAAAGUUAUCCAGCUCCCUGCUGGCCGUGGUGUGAGGACAUCUACGCUCGCCAACGGCAGCCCGAUGGCUGUGGAAUGAGCAUUGCCGGAAACCGAACUGGCGCUCUUCGUUACGAAGCUUGUUAGCCGGGAUGCGCAGUUGAGGGUUCUUGAUGCGUGUGUCCAGCUUGCUCGACUUCAUUUUGCGCAGGUGCGAGGUGAACUCGGUAGCGAAGUCGGGGAAGCGUUCAAACAUCUCCUGAAACCUUUCGAGCCCGCCAUCGUCCUUCACGAUUGACGACGAACCUCCAGCAACGGACCAGGCCACCAUCGCUACGGUCCACCUCCGAAUUCGCAUCGAAGACUCGGCAUCGCACUGGCCGUAAACGUAUUGGACGAAGCGAGGUGUGACAUCCCAGUCGCAGCGGAGGUAGAUGUCUUGCAAGGCAUCAAUCGCGAGGUCUUGCAGGUGAUGCAGAUCGAGCCGAGCAGCGAAGAUGUGAAGGCGGACCAGAGCCCAGUGAAGUCGUUGGCACGGUACGCCAGGGGCAUCACUGACGAGAGUGAUCAUCUCGUCGAGGUGUCUGCGGAAGCCGUCUCUUUGAUGCAGCCAUACUACGAAGAGCUCGAACAUGGAGGCGGAUUCGUUGGGAAGGCGGAUAGUCGACUUUUGUUGCGGCAACCAUACCGGCACUGGUGUCUGGUUCGGCGUCACCUUGACGCCAGCUGGUGUAGCGUCCAGCUGAUCCUCGAAAAAAGGGGCAGCGUUGCUGAGCUUCUGCUUGUUGAUACGGAAUUCCUUCAUCUUCUCGCCUCGACCGACGAAUACGCGCGCCAGGUUAUCAUCUUCGUGUGAUGAUCUGUGAAAGAGAAGGUUAGACCAGGUUGAGGGUCAUUGACGUAUUGCAGGAGACUUACACAUUUGACGCCGAUGGUCUGUGGAAGAUGCCCUGUGGUCUAGUCAUUGGUGCCAUUGUGAAGAUAGUGUUCCAGCACUUGGUAUAAGAGCCAGCUCUGGACGAGAAAGUAAAGUAGAUGAAAGUACUAGAAAAUUUGAAGAAUCCAGAAAACCCAGAGCAUACUAAUAAUGAAAGGCCGUUGACUUCGUUUGUUCCUUUGACUCUCCCAGAGAGCUUGAGAAGAGAAAAGAGAGAGCUCACCAGAACUAGUCCUAGAUGGAUCUGAGGACGCUCUUCAUUAUCAAUUGCUCCAAGUCUGGAUGCAACUUUGGCAGGGUAGAGGUGCCGCAGAUAUGGGGAACUACAUGGUCACACACGAGCUUCCCUAACACCAUGGCCCCUGUGUCGUCUGCCAAGUGCAGUGUGUGAAUAAGCUUAUACGUGAUAAUUGUUGUUAAGCCAGUUUCAGAAAGGAGGGUAUAAGGGUGUGGCUGGCUCGGUGCUCAGCCAGGGCUUUGCUGGGGCUUGUCGGGAGUUGCUGGGACUCUUGCUGCAUCUUCAGCUUAACAGAAUGCUGAUAUGGAGCAGCGAUUCACGUCAAAGACGAGAUGAUGCUGCUUGGGAUGGUAGGGGUGUUGGUUUCAAACGUCAUUGUCAAACGCACUGAGUGCAUUGGUGUGGGAGUCGUGCCGCGCGAAGUGCUCCCUCAACUGCCUCAGGCGACAGGGUUGUUGGCUGUGUUCUCGUGGGACACGGCUGUAGCGGAAGCUUGGGGCAUCUUAGCCGUGGCUGAUAUAGGACCGGGGUGCGGUGCUUGGAUGCAGUUCUUGACGUUCCCGCCGAGCCCUGUCAUGAACUGUCUCGUCUGUGCAGGCGAUCUCCUACUUACACCUGGCUCGGAGUCGCAAUCAAAGGUUUGGCGAGAUUUUUUUGGUAAGUCAAGGUGCUCGAUAAUCUCUCAAGCUACCCUCAGACAGUGCAACGAUGGUUUCUUGAUCUCCUAUUUUUGGUGGCGUCGUCCUUUUUUUAUAUACACGGCAAAAAAAGGCAGUUCAACUGAUGCCUUGGGAUGAGCGUCUUGUGUCGGAUGAAAACAUGAGGCGUCUUGAAUCGUCGUUUCCUUGUCAUUUGUGGCCAGUAAACAAGCUAGACAAGCCCACAAGAAGGAUCAUGUUUCGGUGCCACCCAUUAUCCCGGACUGUCGCGCGGGGAAUACUCGCUCUGGUAGGCUCAUCGCGAUUGCUUAACCCUGUUGAACUUGGCUAGUGAUCGUGGCUGAAGGCAUCGCCAGCCAGCGUCAUUGCAAAGGGGGACACUGCAAUGGCCCAAAGCACUAGCUUUCGUAGCUGGCAUUGACGGCAUUCCAAGCUCGAGGAAUCAAAAGAUGACUGCGCCGCCGCGUUGUUGCAUUCCAAGACCCAAGUGUCCGUCUGAUGCUGCUUGGAUCGUCGAGGCAGUGCAACGCGGGCGGGAAAAUCCUGCUGCUCAUGGAGGAGAAAGACGGGAUGCUAAGGCCCGGGCACCUAUAUCGCUACCAUGGGACGUUUGGUUUCAGUCGUGGAGUUGAGAGUCUGGAAGAGGUUAUGGAAAAAGUGAAGGCCCGUAUAAUACGAGGUGCAGAGUCGGAGACUUGAAACUGGGUCUCGGCCGGAUUCGACGCUAGGCGACCCGCGAAAAAGAGUCUAAAAAGUCUCCUUGAGCCCGCUGCCCUUGGUAAGGGGGCCAAGGAGGCUUGCUUGGUCGAGCACAGGGCAUAUUGUGGCCAGGCCGGGCGGCAGCGUUGGAGGCGGUGCCCAUUGAAAAGCCCGGCCAUUCUCAACCUGCAAUAUCGGCGCGUGCUGGCUCCGAUGUACGGGUAUGGAGAGGUGGGGGUUGGCGGUAGGGGUUUGAGAAUUCGAGAUUCGAGAAUGAGACCCCGACCCGUAACAAGAGGAAGAACCGGGAGCCAGGGUAGUUCGCUGGGAGGGUUUUGCGCGGAUUUUUCUGCGUGCUCCAUGCUUCCAGUCUCCUGCUCCAGUGUGCUCCAACCUGCUCCAGUGAAAAGAGCCUAGAGGCAGGCCAUAGACCCAGUUGGCAGUCGGUGCCAUUCGUGCCAGUCACCCAGAGGUCCCAGACUGACUGACUGGAUCCUGGAUCUUUUUUUGCCGCCGAUCACGCCAUUGCGGACUGCCCCAGAAUCGAAAAAUGCGUUGAUGGCGGCCGUGUGAAGGCCCCACGCCGCUCUGAUGUUAGCGGAUGAGCAGCGUUGGUGAUCACGAAAUAGUCGACGUCGGAAGCUUCAACUGCUUCUACGACUAUCAAAGCGAGCGACACGAUUGUCGGUCCAGACUGGCAUAGUCUGUCUUGAAUCUUGGUGCAUCGAGGGAGGCCGUUAUAAGAAGCGGUGACGAGUGGCGGCUGAUUCACUAUUGGCUACCGUUGUCGAGGAAAAAGAAACAAUGCGAGAGCUAGAACAGCUUCGAGGCGGUCUCGACGUUUGACCUGCAAUUGCCGUCAUGGCCUCAGUUGAAGGAGGAAAGACUCGUCCAAUCGAGGGAGACAGUUGACGCGUGAGGGUGAGACAUUGAUUGACAGAAGUAGACAACUCAGGAAUGCAACAUGCAUCAGUUUCUCAACAGAGCAAGACAAGGUGACAACUCAGCGCAGCUAGUGAAGCCGCGAGAGUCGAGAAGGGGUCGUCAACACCGGUGAGGAUGUCCAUGGAAUCCGAGGCGGAGGUUCCUGAAGCGCGCAGAGCUCAACACGCUCGAGUAAGGUCACCC